AUGGCAGAUUACAAGGAGACUGGGGUGGUCACAUCCCAGGUUGACCUGGAGUCACCAAAUGCAAACCUCUCGCCUGAAAAGAAAGGGACCGCCGAUGAUCAAAAAGAUAUGUUUCGCAUGGGCAAACAUCAAGAGCUACGCCGGAACUUUCGAUUUGUCUCGAUUUUCGGCUUCUCCAUGAUUCUAAUGGCCAGCUGGGAAACGAUGUUAGGCACAUCCAUCAUUGGCUUGAUCAACGGGGGAACAGCGGGAAUGAUCUGGCUAUACCUGGUUGCCUGGAUUGGCUUCCUGGCCGUCAACACAUCAAUGGCCGAAAUGGGGUCCAUGGCUCCGACAUCUGGCGGUCAAUAUCACUGGGUGAGCGAAUUUGCACCGAGGACCUAUCAAAAAUUCAUGAGUUUUAUUGUUGGGUGGCUUUGCGUACUCGGCUGGCAGACGGGAGCGGCGAAUACAGCGUUUCUGGCCGGAACCCAAAUCCAAGGCCUCGUGAUCCUCAACUACCCUGACUACACACCUGAAAGAUGGCAUGGCACGUUGUUGACGUUCGCCGUCGCCUCGUUCUCUGUUUUCUUCAACACCUUUCUCGUCAAGAAGUUGCCGUUGGUGGAAGGGAUCGUGCUCAUCAUCCACGUCUUUGGCUUCUUUGGCGUUCUGAUCACUCUCUGGGUCCUUGGUCCGCGCGGAAAUGCGAGCGAUGUCUUCACCACUUUCAACAACUACGGCGGUUGGAGCAGCGACGGGCUGUCGGCAAUAGUUGGGAUUCUCGCCGUUAUGAUCCCCUUACUCGGCGCAGACGGCGCCGUUCAUAUGUCCGAGGAACUUCGCGACGCAUCGAAAGUGCUUCCUCAAAGCAUGAUCUGGACCACCAUCCUUAACGGUGCCAUGGGCUGGAUCAUUCUCAUCACCUUUUGCUUCACCCUGGGAAGCCUUGAUGAUGCUAUCGACUCGCCCACCGGACAGCCCUAUAUUGCUGUCUUUUACAAUGCCACCCAGUCGUUCGCUGGCGCAUCGGUUCUCUCGGCUCUGGUCAUCUUCAUGGCCAUUUUUUGUAACUUGUCGAUUACUGCGACUGCAUCGAGGCAGCUGUGGUCUUUUGCCCGUGAUCAGGGCAUUCCAGGUGCUUCUUGGUUUGCAUAUGUGCGGCCAGGGUGGGAUGUCCCGAUGAACAGCAUCGUGGUAUCCUUUGUCGUUUCCUGCCUGCUGGCCCUGAUCAACAUCGGUUCCACGAUCGCCCUCAACAACAUUACGUCGCUCUCCCUGGUUGCCAUCUUGUCGUCAUAUAUCUUCUCCAUUGGCUGCCUCUUUUGGAGGCGCUUGACCUACCAGCCUCUGCUCCCGGCCAGGUUCACCUUUAGCCGACCAGUUGGUCUGCUUUUGAACGGAUUCAGCCUCCUUUUCCUGGUCUUCGCUUUCAUCUUCGCCUUUUUCCCCGGCAACCCGAAACCAACCGUUGAGCAGAUGAAUUGGGCCAGUUUGAUCUACGGAGGUGUCUUGAUAUUUGCGGUGCUUCAUUACUACAUCCAGGCUAGGCAUGUCUAUGACGGACCUGUGGAAUAUGUGCGCAAGCUGGUGUAA